UUGGAAGUAACUUCUUGCAAUUUGAGAAGUUAACAGGAGUCUUUUUGCCACGUAGUAUGAACUUCCUGAAGAAGUUUCGGAGCAUAGCGACAGUCAGCAAGUGCGCAUCGUUUUCUUUCUUUUUUUUUUUUUUUUUAAUAGCUUUUUUGUGAGAUUUUUGCUAGGUUACUUUGGGCUCACCAUGGAAACUGCGCAAUUGUAUUUUGUCUGAUUUUAAUGAACAUGACGAUAACUAGGAUAGGGUUUAAUUUGGUAACGGGCUUGGUGCUGAUCAUUUUGCUAACCGCAGUGGGAAUGGGAAUACGCGUUUGUAGCUAACAAAAGGAGAAAAAAUCCUUAAUCUUAAUAGUCAACUAUUGUCUAUGGCCUGUCUUCAAUAUGAUGGAUAACAUUGGGCCGUGGCCACCUCCCAGCUUCAAAUAAAAUAUGCAUUUAAAAUAUUCUUCACGAAAAAACAAACAAAAAGAAAGAUGGGUAACUCUGUGCUGGCUCUUUCCUCUGUGGUGUCUACGCUGGGCGGCUUGGUGUUUGGAUAUGAGCUUGCUAUCAUCUCCGGGGCUCUCCUUCAGCUGCAAUCCCAGUUUCACCUGAGCUGUUUCCAACAGGAAGCUGUCGUGAGCGCUCUCCUGAUUGGAGCCCUCUUGGCCUCUGUGAUUGGUGGAUUUCUGAUAGACCGUCAUGGCCGGAGGAACUCCAUCCUGUUCAGUAACCUGCUGGUCCUGGGCGGGAGUUUGCUGCUCACCGUCAGUGGGUCUGUCUUUGUGCUGGUGGUGGGCCGAAUCACCGUGGGCUUCGCCAUGUCUAUAUCCUCCAUGUCCUGCUGUAUUUUUGUGUCCGAGAUGGUCAGCCCCAAGCGGAGGGGGUUACUGGUGACUCUGUACGAAGCUGGGAUCACCAUGGGCAUCUUGACGGCAUAUGCUAUGAACUACCUCUUAUCCAAGGUCGGAGAAGGAUGGAAAUACAUGUUUGGAUUGGCUAUCGCUCCGGCUUUGGUUCAGUUAAUUUCAAUUUUGUUUCUCCCGUCCAGUUCUGUCACCAAUGUGAAAAAAGCAUGUGAGGUGCAAGGUCAAACUGGGUUGAUUCAGCUGACCGGUGUGGCGGAGGAGGAUGAUGUGGUCAAGUGCCAGAGAGAUGACCAACGGUAUAGCAUCUGGGCCCUUUUCCAAAGCAAGGACAACAUGAGAACCAGGACGGUCAUCGGCCUCGGCCUGGUGCUUUUCCAGCAGUUCACGGGCCAGCCGAACGUGCUCUUCUACGCCUCCACCAUCUUCCAGUCCGCGGGCUUCGAAGGGGACACGUCCGCAGUUCUGGCCUCAGUGGGCUUGGGGGUCGUGAAGGUCAUCGCGACCUUGAUCUCCAUGAUUUCCGCCGACAGGGUGGGCAGGCGGAGACUGCUGAUCUUUGGUUGCGUUGUCAUGACGACAUCUCUGUUUGUCAUUGGUCUGCUCGGCAAGCACUCCCUGCUCCAUUCCAGGAGACCCUGUAGCGCCAACGCUUCCAUUUCAAAUGGCACACCCCUGGCGCAAAAUGAAAUGGGAGAAAAACUAAUACCUCUGAAUGUUUCUGCCGGUCAGAGCCCUGGCCAUUCCAAUGAAAGUGCAGUUUCUGGGUCCUCUGGCAUCUUGGCUAACCGGGCACCUUCGUCUCCUAAGGCUGCAGGCCGUGACCUUGUAAACUGGAUAAUGCUGAUCAGUAUGAUGGCAUACGUUAGUGCAUAUUCAGUUGGAUUCGGACCAAUGACCUGGCUUGUCCUGAGUGAAAUAUUCCCCGCUGGUCUGAGAGGAAGAGCAUUUGCAUUUACCAACUGCUUCAACUGGGCAGCUAAUGUGCUUGUCACUUUCACCUUCUUAAAUCUUAUUGAUGCACUCGGCCUGCCUUGGACCUUCAUGCUGUAUGGAAUUAAUGGAGUGGCAGCUGUUGUCUUUAUCUACUUCAUGUUGCCAGAAACGAAAGGAAAAUCCCUUGAGGAGAUAGAUAGGGAUCUCUCCAUGAAAAGGUUUCAGAGUAGAAGUUUAUGGUGUGUUACUCUGAGCUGCAGGAAAAACGGCUCGACUGGGUACCAGAGGGUAUAUACAUCAACUUAAAGAUCCAGUAACCUACUGCCUCAGAACAAAACUACUGCAAGUGUUGUCAGCCAACUCAAAAUUCAACUAACAAUAUGA